CCGCUUGGCCUGCGCCUUGGGCCGCUCCAGCAGCGGAACCGCGGGGCCUGUCACAGGCCGCAGCGCCGGGACCAGCUGACAACCCUAGACUCCAGCAAGAUGGCACAAUGGAACCAGCUGCAGCAGCUCGACACACGGUACCUAGAGCAACUUCACCAGUUGUACAGCGACAGCUUUCCCAUGGAGCUUCGGCAAUUUCUGGCUCCCUGGAUAGAGAGCCAGGACUGGGCAUAUGCUGCCAGUAAAGAGUCACAUGCCACCUUGGUCUUCCACAAUCUCUUGGGUGAGAUUGACCAGCAGUAUAGCCGCUUCCUUCAGGAGUCAAAUGUCCUCUAUCAACACAACUUGCGGAGAAUCAAGCAGUUCCUGCAGAGCAGAUAUCUUGAAAAGCCAAUGGAGAUUGCCAGGAUUGUGGCUCGGUGCCUGUGGGAGGAGUCUCGUCUCCUUCAGACAGCAGCUACAGCUGCCCAGCAAGGAGGGCAAGCCAACCACCCCACAGCUGCUGUGGUGACAGAAAAACAGCAGAUGCUAGAGCAGCACUUGCAGGAUGUGAGGAAAAGAGUACAGGAUCUGGAACAGAAGAUGAAAGUGGUGGAGAAUCUCCAGGAUGACUUUGAUUUCAACUACAAGACGCUAAAAAGUCAAGGAGAUAUGCAAGAUCUAAAUGGAAACAACCAGUCGGUGACUAGGCAAAAAAUGCAACAGCUGGAGCAGAUGCUGACUGCCCUCGACCAGAUGCGGAGGGGAAUUGUGAGUGAAUUAGCAGGGCUUCUUUCAGCCAUGGAGUAUGUACAGAAGACUCUCACAGAUGAGGAACUGGCUGACUGGAAAAGGAGACAACAGAUUGCUUGUAUUGGAGGUCCUCCCAACAUCUGCCUGGAUCGCCUAGAAAACUGGAUAACUUCCUUAGCCGAAUCUCAGCUCCAGACCCGUCAGCAGAUAAAGAAGCUGGAGGAAUUACAGCAGAAAGUCUCCUACAAAGGUGACCCCAUCGUCCAACACCGACCUAUGCUGGAAGAGAGAAUUGUGGAGCUCUUUAGGAAUUUAAUGAAAAGUGCCUUUGUUGUAGAGCGGCAGCCCUGCAUGCCUAUGCACCCUGAUCGGCCCUUGGUCAUCAAGACAGGUGUUCAGUUCACUACCAAAGUCAGGUUAUUGGUCAAAUUUCCUGAAUUAAACUAUCAACUUAAAAUUAAAGUGUGCAUUGACAAAGACUCUGGUGAUGUCGCGGCAUUAAGAGGAUCCCGAAAAUUCAACAUUCUGGGAACAAACACAAAAGUGAUGAACAUGGAGGAGUCUAACAACGGCAGCCUGUCUGCAGAGUUCAAGCACUUGACCCUGAGGGAGCAAAGAUGUGGCAAUGGGGGCCGGGCCAACUGUGAUGCCUCUCUGAUAGUGACUGAAGAACUUCAUCUCAUCACUUUUGAGACAGAAGUCUACCAUCAAGGCCUAAAGAUCGACUUGGAGACACACUCCUUACCGGUGGUGGUGAUCUCUAACAUCUGUCAGAUGCCAAAUGCCUGGGCUUCAAUCCUUUGGUAUAAUCUGUUGACCAACAACCCCAAGAACGUUAACUUCUUUACCAAGCCUCCUAUCGGGACAUGGGAUCAAGUUGCUGAGGUGCUAAGCUGGCAGUUUUCCUCCACCACGAAGCGUGGCUUGAGCAUUGAGCAGUUGACCACACUUGCAGAGAAGCUUUUAGGACCUGGUGUGAAUUACUCAGGGUGCCAGAUCACAUGGGCCAAAUUUUGCAAAGAAAACAUGGCUGGCAAAGGUUUCUCCUUCUGGGUUUGGUUGGACAACAUUAUUGACCUCGUGAAAAAGUACAUUUUGGCAUUGUGGAAUGAAGGGUACAUAAUGGGCUUCAUUAGCAAGGAACGAGAGAGAGCCAUCCUGAGCACGAAACCCCCUGGAACCUUCCUGUUGAGGUUCAGUGAGAGCAGCAAAGAGGGAGGCAUCACCUUCACCUGGGUGGAGAAGGAUAUUAGUGGCAAGACCCAGAUCCAGUCAGUGGAACCAUACACAAAGCAGCAGCUGAACAAUAUGUCCUUUGCUGAGAUCAUCAUGGGCUAUAAAAUCAUGGAUGCCACCAACAUCCUGGUGUCUCCCCUUGUCUAUCUCUACCCUGACAUACCCAAGGAGGAGGCAUUUGGAAAGUAUUGCCGGCCAGAGAGCCAGGAGCAUCCUGAAGCUGACCCAGGUAGUGCUGCCCCAUACCUGAAGACCAAGUUUAUCUGUGUGACCCCAACGACCUGCAGCAAUACCAUUGACCUGCCGAUGUCCCCCCGCACUUUAGAUUCAUUGAUGCAGUUUGGAAAUAAUGGUGAAGGAGCUGAGCCCUCAUCAGGAGGGGGACAGUUUGAGACCCUCACGUUUGACAUGGAAUUGACUUCUGAAUGUGCUACAUCCCCCAUGUGAUGGGCUAAGAAUGGAAGCUACAGAAGAAUGUAACUGAGGCACCUAACCCCACCCCACCCCUUCCAGAAAAACCCCAAACCCAACAACCAAAUCCCAGAUCAACUGAAACUUGUACCUUUGUGACUACAGAUCAUUUUCUUGGAUCUCCUGCUUCUCAUUUAUCCUUAAGUGAUUAGGGUACCUUUCUCCUAGAGAAAUGAGUGCUUCUAGGUUAUAUGCUGUUAGCCAAACAGAAGUCCAGUAGUUCAUUCUUUGAGCCUGUGGUUGUUUGGGCGGGAAUGUGGGGGUGGGGGAGGCAGGAGGGAGAAGAGAGGAAUGGGCUUUGAUUCUCCCCCACUAACGUUCUUCCUCAGUCAUUAUUUGGGGAUUUUUGUGUGUGUUCUGGGUUUCUCUGUUUUGUUUUUUGUUUUGCUAGACAAGUGCCUACUGGUGCCAGCUGCAUCCAGUGCCUGUUUUCUAAGGUAAUGCUCCAGGCUGUGUCUGACUGCAUGCUGCCAGCACCUGCUGCACCUAUUAUCUUGCUAACAUCCAAAUAGAAGUGAGGACUUUUUAAUCCUCUAGGUUUCUUUUUAAACCUGGAAAAGUUAAAAUCAAAAGAAAAGAAACCCCAUUCUCUCCCAUAUCAAAGCUUUUUAAAAAUGUAUUUAAGAUUUUUCAGAGACUUCUUCCAGGUAAUCAGCAAUCCCAGACGGCAGUCUUUCCUUAGACUCCUAGAGUGAGUUCAUCGAAUUGGUUCGUUCAUUCGUCCAUUCAACAAACAUACUCAAGGUGCUGGGGACACAAAGAUAAAAUCUGACUUGAUCCCUGCCCUCAAAGAGCUUACUCUUGAGUACCUCAAAUGGUAGCUGAAGCUCUGAAGCUAUCGCUUGGCCUUUAAAACAGACAUGUUUAGGAAGAGCCUAAAAUGAGAUAGAUAUAAAUAUAUAUAUAUAUAAAAGUUUUCUUUGGUAAAUCUUUUUAUUCCCUUUGCUAGCCUCUUAGCCCCAACGCCUUAGUUUCUGGUUCUGAGCUUGGUUGUUAGGGUGCCUUAUUUGGGCUGAAGGGAUUCUUCCCUCCUCAGCAUGUCCUCCUUUUCGCUUCUGCUCUCUCAGCGUCAGUCCCAUUGCUUUAGGAUUCCUGGUCUUGGAGCCUUGUGAAAUCAGCAUAUAAAAGAGCUGUGGGUGCUAGCUGUAAGUGUCAGGCCAUGAGCCUCACAAAGUGCCCUGUUGGUUUCAGGAGACACAUAACUCUCUCAGGUUCUUGAAGGUUUUCAGCACUUAUUUCACUUUUAACAUGGUUAUCUCCUAGGGUGGAGACAUACAGAAUCGUAGAAUGUUCCAGUACAGAGGAAUUGUAGAGACUGUCUGCUAAGGCCAGGGCUUAGACUUGGGUUGGGCCUGCAUCCCUUGGCUUUCCUCAAGCCUGGGGGUGAGUCAGAGGUCCUUCUUUUGGGUCCGGGAGGGAGCAGGAAGACCCCGCCUCUUGACAGGCCUUAAAUUGUUCUCAGGCCUCUUCUGGUGCUUCUCUUUUUGCCUUCCUAGUAUUAGCCAGCCACAUUUGUAGUCUUGUCCCAGGUGCUUUCUUAAAGAGGAUUUAGGUCUGUUCUGCUCCAGAGGCAGCAGCUUGGGAUGUGAAGACCUUGAAGAGUCUCUUCUCAGUUCUUCCCUACCCUCUAUGGAUCCCCACAGCAGCCUUUGAGCUGAAUGGGGACACUGAUCUCCCUAAGAGCACUAUAAUAGUUCCUCUUGGUCUGAGUCAUCUUCGUGAUGGGAUGGUGUUGGCACUCAGUGCAGACCCUUAGGAGCACCUUGAUUAUUCGGGCUGGAAAACUGGGGGCUGUGCCAGAGAGAACUCACAGUUGCUAUUUUGCAGUGUGAGGCUGGAGGAGAGAUGGGUGACUCAGUGUCCUAGGGGGGGCAUUUAGAAUUGAUGAUUUUAGGUGGCAUGUGUCUUUCUGUUUCUAAUUCUUGUGAUGACAGAAGAAGUAAAAGGAAUUGAAACAUGAUUUACCUUUUCUUCCAUUUAAUUCUUUUCUCUCAAGAACAGUACCUUGGGUAGGUCUGCUGCCCUUCUCAAACCCCUUUCAAACUCCCCUUCCCCCUCAUCAUGCCCCCAAGGGGCUUCCCUGUUACCAGUUCACCUUGUACAUUGGUUCUGUUUGUAAAACAACCUCUGAGCUGCUGACCUAGUCCUCCUUGCAUUCUGACUCCAGUGUAUACUUCAUACUGUAAAAAAAAAAAGUUCGUUUUUGUAUAUUUUAUUGCUGUAUCUAUCUGCUUUUAACUUCCAGAAAUAAACAUUUUAAAGCAAUUA